UACUAUCGAUCACGGUGAAACCGUCGGAACAUAUACUUCUUGGGUAGCUCGUCAAGCGUAACGGGUAAGCGACUCGCGGGUCGGCACUCUGGACAAGAUAGGACAAAGACGGUGCAGACCAAUUCCGAACAAGACGAGUCGGGCCCCAUCAAGCCAUCGAAUACGGCCAACCACGAGAUAUAAUACGAUGAGUCCGCCCAUCCAAGGUCGGAGCGGGAAGAGCAAGAAGCCUGGCAAGGUCGUCCCAGUCGCAGCUACAGAAACGACCGGCUCGCCCAUCCCAUGUUCCUCGCCUUCGUCUUCGUCUUCGUCUUCUUCAAACCCGAGUACGGCCUCGGCCGCAGCAUCAGAAUCAGGAGAAGCGGGUAUGGGCAAGGAAAUAGAGGAAGAGCAAGGAGAGGAAGAAGAAGUCUACGGGCUGGACGGACGGGUCAUUGACAAGUCUGCCCGUGGACCUUCUUUGAAGAAGGGCUCGGUUAGGGAGAAGAUCGAGGAUAAGAGAGAAGCUGUAAGAAGGCACAUGCAGGGAGAUAAGGUGGAGUUCGGGAAGAUGAGUGGGAAUAAGAGGUCGGAGGAUGUGUUGCAGCCGGGGAUGGGCUUGAGAGGCGGGUCGAGGGGCUUUCCUAUCCCGGUCCCUGCUCCGUCUUUGAACCUCCUCCGAUCACUCAACGGACAACUAGAUUCCCUUAACCUCAACCUCAACCUGGGAUUCCCACUCCCGAAUCCGCUCCCUUCCUUGGAAAGAUGGAGCAAAUACCUCUUCACACCGAAAGGCGAGAAGAAACAAACCUUGUCGUCGGCCAAUGUCAACCAUAAACGCGGGAACGGCGAACGUAAGCAUGAGCGGGAAACUCGGAUGAGCGACAAUGAAGAUGAAGUGGAAAGCGAGGACGGGUUCGACCUGAUCGAUGAUAUCGAGCUUGACCCGGAUGGAAGAGGAGAGGCGGAGAACGGAUCGGGGUCGAGGGUGUAUACCAGAUCUUUCUGGAGCCGAGCCGAUCUUGCCGGACAGCAACCAUCCCGAACAGGGUCGGGGUCGGGGUCGAUGUUGGUAGAGCUACACCCGGAUUCCUCGACCGCUUUGAGAGUUUGGGACUGUACCGGACUGGAUAAGGCGGGGGCGCACGGGGAGGGGGACGUCAAGGGGAGCGUCGUAUGGGAGAAUUCGCCGAAAGAGGUCUUCAGCUGGGCCACACGGCGUGGAGAACCGGUCUUGGAUACGGCUUUUGUAGGAGCUGGCGAGGAGUUGAGGAUGAUACGGCUGGUACUGUCGACUAUCCGGACGGGACGAGGCGAAGCGACUGUCAAGCUCGAAAUCGUCGAUCCUUCUACAGGAGAGGCAGAGUUGACACGGGAUUGCGGACAGGCGAGGAAUGGACGAGUUCUCGUCUCGAACAAGCAUAUCGUUGUGGCCCUAGCGGGAAAGGUGCCUUCAAUAUCGUUUUUUGCGGCAGAUACGCUCGAGCCUCUCUGUAGGUCUAUCAACGAGGACGUCGGGAUCAACACAAGAUCGGGUCUUCCUGUGAUAGCUUUACAAGGGAGGCUUCUCGCCUAUGUGACUUCGGAUGCUGCCAAGACCGGUGCGGACAGCUAUAAUCGUAUGGAGGAAGCGCGAUACGGGAACAUCGUCACCCAGCGAUCCGUCAAGGCCGCACACGAGUGGAAACGCCAGAUGUCGUCUGACGAGGGCUCCUUAAUGACAGGUUCCUCACCCGUGGACGACCGGUACAGCCCGGAAUCCUUGCCGUCGAUGCAAGCCAUGGUAAUGAGCACAGCCGCUGGAAUCUCGUCCGAGGUCGCCAAGGGGGUUUGGAGUGGGCUGAAAGGAUUCGGCAAGGCCGCUAUGGAUGGAGCUAGCCGAUCAGAGACGUUGAGCAAGAGCGCUCCGGUGGUCAGCGAGUUUGCCAAGCGGUUCUCUAAGGAAUCGUCUCCUCGUCCUGGCUCGCCCGGAACGAAUGAACACACACUGGGCAACAGUCAAGUCGAUGGUGAAACUCGCGCGAACGGCUUGCGACCCCGUCGGUUCCGUGGCGCGUCAUGGAUCAAGAUUGUGGACUUGGGGAGACUCGUCAAGUCUCGUCGACCCGUCGCUUCCGAGGUCGAAGCGGCUCGACUUCGACCUAGCCUGGUGUCUCACUUCGCCUUGCCUGUGGUCGAGAACGUCUCGUUGCCGGGUCAUGAAAUGCCCGUAAUCGAUAUCAUGGCCUUCUCCCCCGUCGGCACGCAUUUGGGUAUCGGUACAUCGGAAGGCAAGAUCGUCUCGGUCGUCGAAAUUCAUCCAUCGGCUACCAUAGGCCAACAAUCAGGAAAAUCCAACUUGGGUUCCGGUCAGGUAUGGCUGCGCGGCGAGCUGAAGAGAGGAGUUACGCCGGCAAGAAUUAGUCAGCUGGUGUGGGAUCUUCGUGGGGAUCGCAUCGCUGUUACCACCCGCAAGACAAGUCACGUUUUUCCGGUAGGAUCCCUUGAGCACCGGUCGGGGACAGGCUCAGGACAACUCGCACUAUCAGCGAAAUUAUCAGCUUCAGUAAAGAUUCGAACAUCGGAAUGGAUCGUAUUAGAACCAGAACGGCAGGAUUGCUCACAGCCCAAGCGGAGCGAAGCUUCUUUGUUGCAAUUCAUCCCACACGACAGCACUACCCAAGCUCAGCACUCGGUUGUACUAUAUGAUCCGCUGCAACGAACAUUGGGUAAAGUCUCGGUGUUCAAGCUGUCAGGAAUCUCUUCGGACAAGCAGGAACACAUGCUUCCUAUGGCAACCGCGCUCUGGAGGUUACCGAAGGACAUUCCUGUAGGACAGGUUAGAAGGGAGAGUCCGUAUGGUGGACAAGACCACAAGGUCGAUGGGAAGCCCAGGCACCCUUUCGCCCAGGUCGAGAUCGUUACGUUCUCCCCGUAUGACGUGCCACCAAGCAUCUACAAGGACAGGCUGUUUACCUUUUCGACCUGGUCGUCAUGCAAGCCUGAUGCCACUCGCAUCUUGCAGUUCCGCAAGCAAGUCGAGGUACUCGGUCAAGGAGAUUUACACCACAUCGAGAACGCCCUUUCCCACAACCUCGAUAUCUCGUCAACGGCUCCGAUCGUACCCGCCUUGCCUAAUGGAAACUAUAACGGCGACAAGAGUCAGUGGCGGGUUCAGCCUAUACGUGUCAUGGCAUCGGCGGUCAAGAACCGUAGAAGCGGUCGCCAACAGUACGGCCAAUCGGACAAGCGGCUGGAACGCGGUCAAGACACCGAUAGCGGAUUUUUAGUCGACAUGAGCCACGAGGGGCCGAGCUCUCCUCUGUCGCUCGAAAUCAGUCAGGAAGAGUCUUGGGAGGAUGACCUCAUCGCUGGGGUCAUGGACGACUGAGCCCUCUCAUUCCGGUCAUCAAGAGGAUAUAUUGCAUCGUAAAUAUCAUAUCGUAAAUAAGUAACAAAGUCAUCAGGGAUCGUUCGUGUACAUUCCCCCACUAGCAUCGUCUUGCCUCUAUCAUUAACGACCAAACCAGGCCGAGAUUUGUUGUAUACAUUGAAAUAUCGUUGUAAAAAGUCGUUCAAUUCGCCAUAUUUCACCGGAGCGGUCUUGUAGA